UAACUUCGGUUUCCUCGUUUGCGUGGUACUAGUGGUACUAGUGAUGCUGGUGGUGCCUAAAACUCAAUACAACGAUAACUAUUGUUGACCCAACCAAUAGACGAAUUUGGUCUCGCGCAUUCCGGACCAUGCAAACUUUAUCCCGUGCACUACAUGAGAACAACAGAGGUGGAACACAGUGAGCUAUGACUGAACAGCAGAGCCCGAAACACAGUGAGCUAUGAUUGAUUUCUCCUCUCUGCAGAUUCCGAUCCUGUUCAUGGUUGUCGCUCGAUUGGUCAUGCUGGCUGCUGACUAACACAGGGAAGGAGGACAACAUUUGACAACAACAUGGACCUUUGAAAAUAACUGAGACUUCAACACAGUCUUGGACAACAGCAAACUGCAAACAUGACAAAUGUGUACUCGUUGGAUGGGAUUGUUGUAUUUGGGAUUCUGUUCAUCUGUACAUGUGCAUACCUCAAGAAGGUGCCUCGCCUCAACAGCUGGCUACUCUCAGAAAAGAAGGGUGUGUGGGGGGUGUUCUAUAAAGCUGCAGUGAUUGGGACUAGACUCCACCAUGCUGUGGCGAUAACCUGUCUGACGAUGGCAUUGUACCUGGUCUCCUUAAAGUGACAGUGUCAGGCUGGGAUGGACCAGACUGGACUGGAGUGGACCGGACAUGGCCAGGCUUGGCUGGGCUGGAUUGGGCUGCGCUGGUUUGCCACCCAUGGACACUGUUUGGACAAUGUGUGCCCAAGACUCCAAUUUAUUCACCCAGGACCUGUUAAGGAUAAGCCAAUAGUGCCCCACAUUAGGUAAAUAAGAUCCCUGUAGCUCACUGCACUCUUCUAAACCUGACAUCAUCCAUCCCUGCACGACACAACUGUCAUCCAGUUUACCCUGACUUACCUGUACAGAUAUUAUAGAACAGUGUUUCUAUUCUUGAGGUGCACAUUUUUGUUCUAGCUCAACACUAACACAUUCUGAUUCUACUGUUCAAUUGCUCAACCAGUCACCAAGCCAUUGAUUAGUUGAGUGUGUUAGUGCUGGGCUGAAACAAAAAUGUGGUCCACCUGGAAUGGAUUAGGGAUCACAGUGAUAGAGAUGUCAGCAUGCUAAGUAGUGUCAGCAUGCUAAGUAGUGUCAGCAUGCUGAUGUACUCAGCACGCUCGUGUGUUGAGUAGGGUCUUUAUUUAAUAUUGUUGUUAGCAGAAAUAGUUUUUUUUUUUUUAUUAUCACCUAAUUACCAUUCUCAAUGGUUUAUUCUGGGGAAAGGACUGGUAUAAAGGAAUAGCCUAAAAUAAUGUGGAAAAUAUUAAUUCCUGUGUAGUCAGACUUCGGUUGUAUAUAUUUAGGGGGGGAAAGUCAUUAUAAUAAGAUUUGAAAAAGCUGUAUUGUUGUUAAGUCUAAAUAUCUCUUUGUUUAUUCAAAGGAAUUUUUUAACAUUAAAAUGGUUGUACGUUG